UCCGUUACACGAUUGCUGGUAACGCGUCUGGAGAAUCCAGUUUUCGAAGCGCGAUUUCAUUCGUGCUCGCUCGCUGCCGCGUCCGUGCAGCAGACGAUAGUUGCGCGCGCAGGCGGCCACCUUUGUUUCGCUCGAUCGAGAGGCCAUUUUAAUUAAAAAAUGAUGAUUCGCGAGAUUCCCUUGCCAAUUCUUUUAAAGAUAUGGGCAAUGUUUUAAUUGCUCGAAACACACCGAGCGACCGAAAGUUUGCAUAAAAUUGUGCAGCCACCCUUGUUUGUUUGCAUGGCAACGGCCAUUGCCAUCCCCGUUGCCAGGACGCCCGUAGCCUCUUGCGUACGCUUAUGCUUAGUAUUUAUCGAUUCUAUAAAACUUAGGAUAGAAUCAGCAUUGCCAGUGUUCAUUCAGAUUCAGAACCUCCAAGAGUCGCAAUCAUUGACAGUAGCGUAAGAAACUGUUCCGAUAAACGAUAAAGAGGAAGAUGUUAGCGGUCGAAGAAAUUCUUAACGAAUUAGGCUGGGCGGAUGGAUUUCGCAUUCCAAUUGCCAACGAGGAAAAUAAGCAGCUGGAAGAAGAAAUCGAGCGAAAGAGCACGUACAAGGCUUCCCUGAGCGUAAAGCUGGAGCGGCUACGGAACAGAGUCGAGGCCAUAGCGAAGCACACGGGAAACGUUCUGGCGGAGCAGGAACACAACAAGAAAUUGAUUCAGGCGCAUUCUCUCCAACUCGACGCCGAAGAGCAUCUCUUUAGAACGGCCGAAAGCAUCAAUUCGAAUGUCACUCAGGAGACCCGAGAGUUUCAGAGGGAGAGGAAGGACAUCGCUCAGAGGAUCGCACAGAAGGAGGCUCAAAUUAGGAAGCUGACGACGAAGCUGGCGGCUUCGGAGAAGGUUGCACGGCUGGACAAGGAACGUUUGCUAGAAUGGGAUGAAGCCUUAGCCAGGGAAGAGGAAGACAGUCGGCUUAUCGAGAAUUAUAUGAAGCUCGAUAAGAAAAAAUUUAAGGAGCUCGAACUGAGAAGGCAGAGGCUCAAAGGCCAGUUGGAUCGUUAUCGUGCCGCUAUAGUCUCGAGCGUGAACGAAGCAUACGAAAUGGAAGUUGUUAUCGACGGGACCGCCAAGUUGUACGUGAAAGCCCUGAAGGAACGUCGGCAAUUAAUACGACAAUGGACGCAAAGUGUACUGAUGCUGCGACAACGUGAUGCCGCUCUGGAACAACUGCUGAGGGAAAUGGAAAACCUCCGGGAAAUUGCCCGAGAGAAGGUUCAACUGUUGGGAGAAGCAGAGGAGUUCUGUGAGAGCCAGAUAUCGAACAACAAGCAACUUGAAAGAACGAUUAAACGACUCGAAGAGAAAUUAGUCUCCCUUAGGGCGGAUCAUCAUGGACUCGUCGAGGGAAUCGGCGCUUGCGCGCUCGAGCUUGACACCCAAAAGAAAGUCCUCAAAGAAUUCGCCAGACGGGUUCAACGUAUUCAAGCUGACGCGAAACAAAAGAAACGUCAGAUUUCGAUGAAACGCAAGAAAUCGGAAGAGUCUGCUAAACAAGUUCUGGAUUUAAAAGCAACGCUACAGGAUAUUGAGGGCCAGCGAUUCAAUACUGCGGACAGAACGAAGCAAUUGGAGGGUAUGAUUGAGACCGAGGAAGAGCACAGGACUCUGAUUAAUCGAGAAGCGACCAGACUUCAAGGAUUGGCUCUGCGCUCCUCGCAGCGCUUGGUGGACCUCGAGGGUCAGAAGAAGAUUCUAGACUUGCAAAUAAAAAGCGAGCGUAAGAAAAUCCAUGCCCUGCAGGCGUUUCGGACAAGAGAGGAGCAGGAGCUCGAGUCUAAGCAGGAGGCCGUGUACAAUUUGGAUUUCGAGAUACAAAAGUACGAGAUGAGACUGGAGCACUUGGCGGGGGUGGAGCGCGACAAGGAAGAGGUCGAGAAGAAACGGAAGACCGUAGAAGAGCUUGAGAAAAUUCUACGGGAGAAAACGGACAUCUCGAAAUUAUUGCAAAGCCAAAUAAUAAAUCUAGAACACGAUAUGAGAAAAGUAUCCAACAGCCUGGCAAACGAUGACGUGGAGCUCCAGCGUUUGCGAAAUAAAAAGCAAGACCUGACACUGUUAAUGGACUGCGGUGAGAAGCAGCUGAAAAAUAUGCAGAGCCUCAACGAGGAGAAGCAAGUCGCGGAGAACAUCCUGCGACUGCGGGUCUCGCAGGUCGAGCAAGUCACGUCGAUGAUAGGCAGGAAAGUUUACAAUCUAGAAAAGUACAAGGUCCAAAUAGAGGCGGCGAUGCAAGAGAGAAAAACCGAGAUAAAGGUGCAGACGGAAUCGCUGAACAUCCAAAGGAGGCUGGCCACCAGCGAAUCCUCGGAAUUGCGAGGCGCCGUCGCAGAGAGGAUGAUACGAAUUCAGCAGUUACAAACACGAUAUGACAAUUACAUGAGCACUUUCGGAAGCACCUCCGAUGGCUCGCCCUUGACGGCCACCUAUUUUAAGGUCCAAAGUGCCCAGGAGAAGUAUCUUCUUCAGGAGCAGGGAGACCGGUUGGACGAGAGAAUUAGGAGGACGGAGCAGGAGAUACAGAGUAUGGAGAACACCCUGAGAAUAGUGAACGUCUGCAAUGAGAAGUACAAGCUCAGCCUGGGGACGGUAGACGAGAGUGGAGUCGAACGAACUGAGCAGAAGAAAUUGGACGAAGAGAUGUUCAACGUUUUACAGAAGAUGAGACAGAAACAGGCGAUUCUGGAAGAAGCGGCAAUCGAUUUAAAAGCCAUGGAACAUAAUUACUCUCAGUUAUUGGAUGACUUGGAGAGGACGGAGAAGGAGAAACUCGAGAAACAAAGACAUCUCGAUAAUUUGGAAAAACAGAUCAGCGAACAGAAAGAGAAGGAAUUUCGUGCCGAUAAGAGUCUUCAUAAAGUCUUUAAAGACAUUCAAAAUAUGUGUACUUGUACCGAUGAUCAUACGCUUUUGUUACAGGAGCAAGAUAUAGCCGUCCGAGAGCUUCAGGAGCAAAACGGAUUAGCUCUUCAGAGAAUUAUGGAAUUUAUCAUCCGGCAUGCAGAAUCUGAACCGUACGUGAAGAAGCUCCUUGCCGAAAAGAAUAUGAUUUUACCUUGCGUUAAUUAUUUUAAACCUUCCCCAACUGUAAGUCGCUGCGGUAGCAGCGCAAGUUCUUUUUCGAGUAAACGAUUUUUUAAAAGCGGAAGUCGCGCUGAUCUUACAACCUUCAGGGAAAGUGUCGGCGCCAUUGUCAAUGUAGUGGCUUCGUUUGAUGACAUCAUCAGCACGACAAGAUCGAUUUCAAAACUGAAUAGACGUCCUAAGAAACGUGAUGAAAAAUCAAAAGGCUAUAAUUCCAGUGGCAUGAGCAGCAAACACAGUACUAGAAAAAAAUAGACGAGCGAGUUCUCUAGUAUUAAGUAUUUUGUAAUUAAUGAUCUCGAAUAAAGUUAACUCGUGCUUCGGAAAUCACUUUGGGAAAGUGUGGUGGAAACUGCGUACGAGAAAGAAGUAAUA